UCUUCCAUGGCCUUUCCUUUGCUCUUCUCUCUCUCUAAGGUCUCUUCUUCUUUUGACCAUAAUCACGAGGACCUUCGUCCCUUCUUCCUCUUAUCUGCAUCAAACCUUCCUGUUUUAUGUCUCCUCUCAUUUAGCAGCAUCUUCCUAUCUCUCUCUGCAUUGACAGGAGGGGCCCUACGCGGUUUAUACGAUUCACCGUCUUCUGAUCUCGAUCGUUUGCCAAAUCAAAUCACGAAAUGGGUGCCUGUUUUUCCACCGUCAAAAUCAGUGGUUCCAACAGCCGCUCCCGCUCUCGUUCCGGCGGCACCAAUUCCACCGCCAAGCAACGGAAAACCGGAACUAAGCUGCCGGCGGAAACACCCGGGGGAACUAAAAAGAACCAGACUAAAGAAACCAAGAAGAAGAUUCCUCUACCCGUCAAGUCUAAAAAACACGGCGUUAUCCCUUGCGGUAAACGAACAGAUUUCGGAUACCUUAAGGAUUUUGAUAAACGAUAUACCCUUGGAAAACUCUUGGGUCACGGUCAAUUUGGUUAUACUUACGUUGGAAUCGACAAAUCCAAUGGAGAUCGUGUUGCAGUCAAAAGAAUUGAAAAAAGCAAGAUGGUUCUUCCUAUUGCUGUUGAGGAUGUAAAGCGAGAGGUCAAAAUUUUGGAGGAAUUAACUGGCCAUGAGAAUGUAGUUCGAUUCUUUAAUGCAUUUGAGGAUAGUAAUUAUGUAUAUAUAGCAAUGGAGUUGUGCGAGGGUGGUGAACUCUUGGACCGAAUCUUGGCCAAAAAAGAUAGUCGUUAUUCCGAGAAAGAUGCAGCUGUUGUUGUUCGUCAAAUGCUUAAAGUUGCUGCCCAGUGCCAUUUACACGGCUUGGUCCAUCGUGACAUGAAACCUGAGAAUUUUCUUUUCAAAUCGCCUAAAGAAGACUCACCUUUGAAGGCCACAGAUUUUGGUUUAUCAGACUUCAUCAGACCAGGAAAGAAGUUUCAGGACAUUGUUGGCAGUGCAUACUAUGUUGCACCCGAGGUUCUGAAACGAAAAUCUGGACCCGAGUCUGAUGUUUGGAGUAUUGGCGUGAUUACUUACAUUUUGUUAUGUGGCAGGCGACCAUUUUGGGAUAAAACCGAAGAUGGUAUAUUUAAGGAGGUGUUAAGAAACAAGCCAGAUUUUCGUCGUAAACCAUGGCCUACGAUAAGCGAAGGAGCUAAAGAUUUUGUUAAGAAGCUACUCGUAAAGGAUCCCCGUGUGAGACUUACCGCUGCUCAAGCCCUUUCACAUUCAUGGGUUAGAGAAGGUGGGAACGCAUCUGAGAUUCCUCUUGAUAUCUCUGUUUUAUCAAACAUGCGCCAGUUCGUGAAGUACAGCCGUUUCAAACAAUUUGCUCUUAGGGCAUUAGCUACAACACUUGAUGAAGAAGAGUUGGCUGAUCUUAGGGAUCAGUUUGACGCGAUCGAUGCUGAUAAAAACGGAUCCAUAAGCCUAGAAGAAAUGCGUCAUGCACUUGCUAAAGAUCUUCCUUGGAGUUUAAAAGAAUCACGCGUUCUUGAGAUCCUCCAAGCGAUCGAUAGCAACACGGAUGGACUUGUAGAUUUCACCGAGUUUGUGGCAGCUGCUAUUCACGUUCACCAGAUGGAGGAACUGAGCUCGGAGAAAUGGCUGAGAAGGUCGCAGGCUGCUUUCAGUAAAUUCGAUGUGAAUGGAGACGGAUACAUAACAGCACAAGAACUCCAAAUGCACACUGGCUUAAGGGGUUCCAUAGACCCUCUUUUAGAGGAAGCUGACAUAGAUAGAGAUGGAAAAAUAAGCCUCCCAGAGUUCAGGAGGCUAUUAAGAACGGCAAGUAUUAGCAGCUCUUCGAGGAAGGCAACCAGCCCACUUGGCCGAAGGAAUUCGAGGAAAUUAUAGACGAGAAUAUCAAAAGGGAGAAUUAGGAGAGGAAGGGAGAUUGUUGUGUAUAUUUGUAUUUUCCAUUUGUUUAUGGCACUGUAAACAUGUCUAUAAUCAAAUUAAAUGGUUUUUGUAUUGUGCAUACUAUAAGGGAAAACCAAAAUUAUAACCUACUCUAGUUAAUGCUGGUUAUAACAAGAAUAUUUUGAAUAAUAGAAUUUAAAGGUUAUAGAGGAAGUAUGUUGUUGUGCUUGAGCUUUUUCAUGUAUUAGUUGAGCUUUCAUCAAAUUUACUUUUGAGUUGUAAAGGAUCAAAUUAUUUUAUUAAUCUACAUAUCUUUUUGUCUAU